AUGGAUGACAAACUAUCUCAAUCAUCAGAUUUCAUUCAUGAUAAUAGAACAUUAUCACCAUCAUCAUCAUCAUCAUCAUAUGUUUCAAAACUUGCGAUAAUACCUACAGAAUUAUCCAUUGAUCAACAACAACAACAUGAUAGUUCCAAUUCAUCAGAUUCUUCUGAAUAUGAUAUUACUAAUGUAUCAUCAAUAUCUAUGUCACAUCAACAUCCAUUUCAACUUCAAUCAAUGAAACAUGUUCUAUUAGGUUUAUCUCCUUCAACAAGUCGUUCAACAUCUCCUACAUAUUCUUUUCAUCAUCAACAACAAUUAAAUGAAACAAAUGUCUCAAUCAAAAAAAAUUCUCAUCAUCAUCAUUAUGAACAACCAUUCAUACAUAACAAUAGAAAUAAUCACUAUCGAACUCGUUUAGCUUCAUCUGCAAUUAAUCGUCAGAAACAACAACAACAAAUUGAACGUGAAAAUUUAAAAAUUUUACAACGUCUACAACAAAUUCGUCCAAGUCGUAGUUUAAAACGAGAUGAAUUAUUAUCUGAUUAUGAUCGUCAAAUGAAUCUUAUUACAUAUUCAACUGAUUCACGUUCUCGUGUUCCUAGUCGUCUUUCAAAUACAUCUUUUAUAUCAUCUACUUCUUCUGUAUCAGAAAAAAAUCAUCACAUUCAAAGUCGACCAUUAUCUGCUACUCAUUUAUCGAAUAGAAAUAGUCUAGAUUUCUUUUCAAUAUCAACACGAAAACCAUUAUGGAAUGAUCGUUGGCAACAAGAAGAAUGA